AUGAAUGUAAAAGUUGCCGACUUCGGAUUCUCCAACUAUUUCAGCAAAUUGGCCAAACUGAACACCUUUUGCGGCAGCCCUUCUUACUGUGCUCCAGAAAUCAUCAGCGCAAAUCCAUACGAAGGUCCAGAGGUCGAUUGCUGGAGUCUCGGCGUUCUUCUUUAUGCGCUUGUCUAUGGUCAAAUGCCAUUUGGCUGUAGCAAUAAUUUUGUGACGGCCCAGAAUAUCAAAUAUGGCACAUAUUUCGAGCCUUCCCCUCCUUCAAGUACAGUUUAUCAAAAAUAA